AUCAGCACUGAAGACUGAACUACAGUCGAGGGGAAUUGUCAACCCGCCUAGGAUGUACAAUUCGAAAGUCAAGGUAGUCCGAGCCGACCGAAGGCAUACCUCUACUCCAAGCAGGAGUCUGGAAAACAUCGAGGCGGUCUGGUGCAAGAUCAGAGCGGACUCGUUACCAAACCUCGAAGAGAGAAGACCGGAGCCGAUGAAGGUGAUGAACCCCGCGGAGAACGGCUGCCCUGUCCGCGGCAGUAGGAAAAGGGGGUUCAAGCCCCCGGAUGUGAGGACCAUAUUCUCCCCCAGUGAGAGAGACUCCCAGAUGAGGGGGGAGGGACACACCUUCUACCUUGGUCUUUCGGGCGCAUGGUGCGAUGUUUGCCGCGUAUACAUCCUCCACUUCUCCCUGAUGUGUUCAGGGUGUAAGUAUACGUGUCACCCAGAGUGUCGGGAGCGAGUGUCAUUGGACUGUCACCCCGGUGGUCCUGUUGCCGUUGACACCCCCCUCAGCCAGGACCACCUUAACAACAAUACACCGGCCAUUGAUGUGGAGCAGGAAAGGGAGUUACGGACUCAUCUCAGCAGAGAGGAGAUCAGACAGAAGGUCGAGCUGUACAACUCCUCCUCCAAGGACCACCUCAAAAUGACCCUGAACCCCAGUGGUGUGUAUACGGGGUUCAUUAAGGUGCAGUUGGAGCUGAGGAGACCCGUCACAGUACGAGGGGGCCAGGGAGGAGAGGAAGCCUUCUACCUCCCCCAGGGGGCGAUUAACACUCUUCACAUCAGCUCCAACAACACCGUACGACAGGUGAUUCAGGCCCUGUUGACCAAGUUCACUGUAGCUGACAACCCUGCUAAAUAUGCCCUGUACAAACGCUGCCGCAGGGAUGAGCAAGAGUACAUGUGUAAGCUGUCGGAGGGAGAGCAUCCGUUGUUCCUGCGUCUGCUAGCAGGUCCCAACACCGACACGCUGGGCUUUGUCCUGAGAGAACAGCAGACUGGCGAGGUCAUGUGGGAAGCGUUCUCCAUCGCAGAGUUGAGUAACUUCCUAAGGAUGCUGGAGAAGGAGGAGACUGAGCGGGUGUGUUCCGUGACGCGUCGUUACGACAACUACAGACUCAAACUGCAGGAGGCCAUGAGAGCAGCAGGGGGGCCGGGGUAACUACUGUCCCCGGAGGAGAGAGGGCUGGGAACCAGAAUCCAGUCUAAGGGACACUGAGGGGGAAACUGGUCCAACCUGAUUCAGAAACUGGAGAGCUGGAAUAAACUCUAGAUUUUACCUGUGGACCCUAUGUGCAAUACACUAGAUGGACACUAGAGGGCAACUGUGGUUCCACUGCGUUCAGCCUGGACUUGGCAUUAAGCACUCAAGAGACUAGCUCCAUGUCUUUACUGAGUAGGCCUACACCCCUGUGUGCCAUAUCCACUUCUGUUCACUCUCUUUUGAUCCUUCUGGUUAUUGCCAUUUUUUAAAUUCUUUUAGAAUGACCUUUUUGAACACGUGAAUGAUUCAAACCCCCGAAUAUUUGAAUCCAUUUAUUUUGCAUUUUUAUUUAAUUGGUGGAUGCAAGGGUUUGUACAUAUUGUUUUUUUAAUUUAUGUGGGUGAAGCUUUGUUCUGUUUCUUUGCAGAAAUUGUUUUAUUGUGUUCUAUGAAGGCGUGGCAGCAAUCCAACCCCCAAAGCGUGUGCUCACUGAUUUCUCUCACCGGGGUUAAUGCACAGAAAACAUAUCAGCAACAUAAAGGCUAGACUGGUUUAUCAUGGAAAGGACACAGUCUUGGAUGAAAUAGAAACUAGAAAAGGCAAAUGAUACAAACCAGAAUAAGAGUGGUGUAUUUAAACUGAAGGUUGUGAUGGUCUUGAAAGGAGGAGCAUAUUUGGUGCAGUUUUAGUCUGACAGUCACAAGCUGUUUGGGGUUUAGAGGUCAGGAUGGAAGUGUGACCGCUUGUGACCAGACUGACAGUGGAGUUUGAGCUGACCGCUCACCUUUGACCUCUGGACAGAGACUAGUAUCAGAGGAGAAGAGGUUAGCGCUGUGAGAAUGGAACGAUUUUAGGAAGUUGACUAAUGGUUUUAGAGGAAGUAGAUAAGUAAGACUGUAAAAAAAAAAAACAACAAAUGAAAUGGAUGUGACAAACAAGAGUUUUUGGAGUUCCAUGUUAAAAGAGAUUUUCUAUGCUGAGAAAGUUCAGGGCUUCUUGGAGCCAGCGCCAGGCCAGUGGCCACAGAUAACAUGGUCAGGAAUCACAGCAAAGGACAAUGGCUAUAUUUCUGUUCCUCUGGUAGUCAUUGAACAUGGCUACAUCUGUCCUAAUCUGCUUCAGGGCUGGUAGGAUAAAGUCAGUUUAUUGUAGAGGUGACGUCACAUGGCCAUGUGUUCAGUGUCCUAGACUAGGAGAAAGCGGCUAGAACCUGUUGCUUUGAAGUUCUCGCAUUUUGCCUCCCUGUCCGUCUCUCUCUCUCUCUCAGUACUGUAUUUACAUCUACCAGGGUUGUAUCGAUUUUCUGGUAGAUACAGGAGAGGUCAUUUGAACAGAGACUGUACUUUGGAAUAGAUGGACAAUGAAUUGAAUGGACAGAGCAACUAGUGAGCGCAUUUUGGGCCAUCAACCCUCGGCACAGUAUCAAAACACACUGACCAAAUGCAAGAAUAUAUGUUGAUUUGGCAUGUUUAAAAGCCUUGUUUAUCUGCAAGUACUAUAUGACGUUUUUUCUGAUGGUACUGCAUUAGUUGCCAUGUUUAUCUCUAUAGAAAGAGUAGUGGUGUGGUUAUAUAGCCCCACCUUAUGGAUAAAUGCUGUAACUGUCCUCUCGGUCUGCCUGUUGGUGAUAUGAUGUGCUGUUGCUUAUGUUUUCAUGUUCUAUAACCGAAGCUAUUAUAAAAUGUUUGGAUUUAUUUUAGGUUUUGCCUGAUGCUCCUAGAGGCCUCAAAUGAAGGGAACAUUUUAUAGCUAGAGUUUAUUAUAAGGGGUUACACACCCAGAACUUAAUUUACGUUUAAACACUGGGUUAAUGGAAUUAGAUAUGGUAAAAUCUAUCACAUUUUUUUUUAUCCAAAAGCCAUUUUCUUUGCAAGCCUUGCUAGAUGGUGUUGCAAAGCACAGUGUUACAUUGACAGAUACCACUGGCCCUGUGUGAGUUAGUUAGAGGUCUGCACAUCUCAGCAUCAGGGCUUUGAAUCAGACAAGUUAAUAUCUAUCUACAGAGCUUCUAUCGGACCAGUUUACGAUCUACUGAAGCUUCUGGGCACUUUACCUUUUAAUUCAGGGAUUUUUCUUUGCCUUCUCCAUUUACCAGAUGCCAAUCUUCCACUAUUAUAAUUCUACACAAUGUUUCAUAAUUAGGCCUUAUUGAAAUGAGUGGCUUUUAUGAAAGAUGUAAGGUGUUUGUACAAGCUCCUGUAUGAUUUGUUAGACUGUGAAAGUUGGUUUAUCUUCAAUUUGUAUCAUGGGCAGCGCUCUCUGGUUAGCUUUGUUAAGUGGGAUGUAGGAGGAUGACUGCUAAAGUAACCCAUAUAAAUAUACUAUAACGCAUGCAUCAUCUACACCUAAUGCAUAUAGGUCUACUAUGUGGCUCUUAGGAACCAGAGGCCAGUACUGUUGAACUUGCAAAUGUAUGAAAGUUUUUAUAGAUAAACAUAAACUAGUUAGAUGCAUAACUGUUAUUUGCCAAAGAUUACUAGGCCCCCUGUCUCUUCAGCUAUGCCCUAAUGUUUGACGCUGCAGUGCUAUAUGCAGCGACUGUAAGAUCUAUACCUGGAAUGAUUCUGCUGACAGUGUUAGUGAUGGUUCAGUACCAGGAUGUGGAUGAACACAGCAGCUGUGGGCUCAGCUUGGAGGAGACGGGAUUGAACCGACAUGUUAUAAUGAAAAAAAAUGUUGCUAUAUUCUAUUUAUAUUAUUGAUGAUGCAGAUUUAUUUUUGUAGGUAACUUUCUUUUUUUUGUCUUUUUUUUUGCAUUGUUACCAAAUGUGGCCUUCUCUAAAGGACUGAAUUCAUCUAUUAAAGUUUUAAAUUGUACAAAAAAAGGGAACAUUGGUGAAUCCAAUGAUCUGGCCACUGAAUCAAAAAUGCUGAACUAAUAAUGAGACCUGACUGCACUCCUAUAGGCAGCUCCUAAAGGUGCAAACAGCAGUUGCUACGUAAGAUGACGUCCUCGUCGAUGAUCUCCAGUACAUAGCCAUACUGGGGGUAGCUCAUUAAGGUGUUGCAGUAGUACAAGGGCUGGGCAGCAUAGCAGGGGCAUCUGCAUCAAUAGGUGGGCAAGUCAGUGGUCGCCCAGGUGUAUGGCACCAGCUCAUAGAUCUCCGGUUUCUACACCAGCAUGUCUUUGCCUGUGUGCCUGGGGUCUCAAUCUUCAGAGGGUCCCUGGAGUGAGCUUCUUCCUGUGGACCUCGGAGGCUGCGCCAGUGUGAAGCAGCCUCUUCAUCAUCCCGCAUAUCUCUGUAGUCAGGUCCUUUGUGUAGGUGGCUGUGAACUCAACUUACAGGUCCUGCUCUCUUCUCUUCGUCUGAAUAGCAUCUUGUUGAUGUUAUUGGGAGGGCUCUCUAGGGGCCGGGCUGGGGCAGCCCAGACAAUCUUCCCCGCUAUUGGAUACAUUCAAUCACUUUCAAAUUAAUUUACAGAGCUGUAGAUGUUAAGACACCAUCCUUGAUAUCAAAAUUCUAGUUUUAACCAUAUUGAGGUUAUACACUUUUGUUUACAUCGACCUUGUUUACAAACCCUGGAGAAAGCAAGCUUAUAUUUGGGGUUCUUACAGGACAGUUAAAGGGCAAUGCCAGCACUUCAACUUAAUUGUAAUUAUUUACAGCACAAUACCAGGGUUAACAUGCAAAAAGGCGUUUUGUUGAGGGGGGAAAUAAUCCGGGAUUUUGUAGUGACAAGUAGUGACAUUUGCAGUGACAAGGGGAGCACAAAAAUAGCCUCCCUUGGGCUGGAAACCUGUUGAAGGUUUAUUUUUAACCCUACCCUGUCACAAAGAAGCUUUAAAAAAAAUAGAAGCACGCCGUUUACACAUACAGUAUGUAGACAGGUUUGGUGCUGCAGAUGACGACUGAGGUUGAAAAGUUGCGGAAUUGCCCUUUAAACUAAGCUCAGAAAGCAUUUAUAGGUGUAUAUUCUUUAAGAAUCAAUGGGUUCAUAUCAAGUCCAAAAAUGGAUGUAGACUGAAUUUAUGCAAAAUACAACAAUUUCAAAGAUUUUACUGACUUACAGUUCAUAUAAGGAAAUCAGUCAAUUGAAAAUAAUUCAUUAGUUUGGGCCUCCAUCUAGCUGAUCCUGGGUGUAAUCAUUAGACCAACAGUUGAAAACGAGAGUUUCUAUUAGACAAAUUCAGGUAUGUUUAUCCCCGUUUUCCCUUUGCUUCCGUUUAAGAUAUAUAUAUAUACAUUUUUUUUCAACAGAAUUGGUGGAUUGAAUACAUCCCUGAUCACGAGUUAACACGGUUCACUUUCAUAGCAGCCAAGUUGCAUUCCUUCUCGCAUCUCUUCUCACUUCUUCCCUUCGCGUGUGGACUUCAAUGCACAACACAUCAGCUCUGUGACCAGGCGAAAAAACCUUUCCAAGCCAAACCGUUAUACACAGCCUACAUCGCUGUCACCAUAUUAGCUAAAGUAAUGUCAGCAUAGUUAAUAGAACUAAAGUGUUAGUAAACCCGCUACAAUCAUGCAGUAACGUUACAGUGUACAGUGAGCAGUUACACCGGCGGGCCCCGGUGGCAAUAAAUUAGUAAUACCAAAAGCUUACCUUGACUUGGAAGAGUUCCAGUGUUGUGUUGGAAAGUCAUAGCCAGCAAGCUAACAUAGCAUCCUUCUGUUUGAGGAGGGUGUUUCAGUAUGCUAAACAAGCUAGCUGCAUUUGCUAAGUAAGUGAAACUGGGAAAAAAUGACACUCUUUCGCUAUUUCUGUCUUGCAUCUCCAUUUUGGAAGAAAUGGAUUUAUUAAAAACUGUUCAACUAUU